AUGGUGAGCUAUAAGCGUACGAUGGCCCAGCGACACGGAAGAAUUCUGACCAUGGAUCCAUCGUCGGAGCUGUUGGAGGAGAGAGGUGCAUCUGUUGUGUCUGGAGAAGAGGCGGGGCUGCUUUCACGCUUUGUAUCUCACUUCAAUCUGUCAAACAUAGUGAAAAAGAUUGCAUCAUCUAAGGCCAUGAUGUUCUUUAUACCACAUAUCUACUUGAGAAACGCUUCUGACAAAGAGGCAGCAGCCUACAAAUUAUUUCAAAAAGCGCACGUUGACAAGGUCAAGACGAAUCUCUUCGAGAGCGAUGAGUAUUACAAAUGGUCAGGAUAUUUUGAGAAAGCCUUCCCAAACGAUUACAAUUUAAGAGGAGAGCUUAUGGUGUCGGUGCUGACCAAGCACGGACAGGACAUACUGAUCAACUCCAUUCCAAGUGCUAACCUUAACGGAUACGAAUUAAAUAUUAGCAUUGGUGUUGAAGACGCGCUGAUAAACUUUCUUGCCAACGCUAAGAGUGUUCAGAAUACAAAGAAUUUUGCUGAUCGUCUUGACGACGCGCUGUUUAAACUCAGUAAUAACCUGCAGAAGGCAGACGCUAUCUCGAAGGAAAUUGGCGAGCGAAUAGAAGGUAAACUCCUGUUUGAACCGAUUAGCAGCAAAAACAAUAAUUUGGUUGACGACAACACUAUUCAGCCAGUGUUGUCUUCUCAGCAGAAUGGGAGAAGAAUGCCACAUAUCUACCUGAGAGACGUCUCAGAAAAGCAAGGUGCAGCUUUGAUACUGCUAAAGAAUGCGCACGUUGACAAGGUUAAGAGGGAUCUCUUUAGUAGCCAAGAGUUCCAAACUUGGUCGAAAUAUUUUGCGGACGCCUUUCCAGAUAAUCCAAAAGUGGGGGCUUCCCUCAUGGUGGACGCACUGUGGAAAGUCGAUAAACUCACACUGAUCUACUCCAUUAAGACUGCUGAGGUUGUCAAUGGCAAAUUAGCUUUCAGUGAUGACUUUAAAGGCGCGCUGUUGGAGAAACUCGCCUGGUAUAGAAAGACGAAGGGCUUUGAAAGUGAGACUAAAUUGUUAGAAGACUCGCUGUUUUACCUCAGUCAUAAACUGAAGAGGGGAGAUGAUAACUCAAGGUCUAUUGGUGAGCUACUAGAAGGUGAACUCUAUGUUGAAAGCAUCAGCAGCGACAUGGAAAUAGCUGACCGUUUUGAGUUUCCGAGCGUACAGAAAUGGUACUUUUCUCUGCCUAAACAGGAGGGGAAAUCUGCUGCCAGCGUUUUACUCUUCAAGUUGGAGGAGCAAGGGUUGAAUUACAAUGACAUUGGUUACGCGGUAGCCAACGCUAAAACUAAAACCACGAUGGCAAUUAUGAAAGAAUUAGUGGACUAUAUUAUGCAAGUACAGAUGGAUACAUCGCACUUGAAAAAAGCGAUCAUCGGCCAGAGCUCCAAUUUCAGCUGGUGGGUGAUGGACGCAGCAAAAUUAAAAGCUGACGUUGCGAUCAGCAAUGGACUCAAGCAGACCUUAAACAUUGUAUCGUUGGCGAAUGAGUGGCUAACUAUUGCAUUUCUGCUCGAAAAGAUGGCAGCCGUAAUAUUGUUAAAGAUAUCAGGAUUUGAGGCUGCAGCUUUCGAGAUUGCUGUUUCCAGAUCAAGAAGCUGA